AUGCUCUCCUUGCUCUUGUCCUCCAAGCCGCUCCAUCACACCGGCAACACCGCCAGAUCCCCCCUCACCAGCAAAGACCAGGCCGCAGACACCCUCAACCACUACCCAAACUACCAAACCAGCACUAUCCCCUAUGCCCGUCUCCACACCAUACGUUGCCUUAUACAAAUCGCCCCACCGCUCAACUGCCUGCUUGGCGCGAUUGGAUCCAGCUCUGUCUACCUCCUCGCCACUCUAGCCACCUUCCUUGCCUGCCGACUCCAACACAGCACCCACCCCAAUGAAAUCUUCGCCAUCCAGUCGGACUCCAACCCAAUCACUCACCACCUCGCUGCCAAGCAGAAGCAGCAGUAG